UCAUUCGUAUCAAAGCGCGGUGAGUUACGGACUUCCCGAAUGUCAAGUGAAUUAUUUAGAGGCGUAUAAUGUUGAAGUUUUACGAAAAUCCCGUGUUACGGCAGUAUACUAUAGUUAUUAUUGUGAACCUGAGCGUGCUAAGCACAGGACUAGGCCUGGCAUGGCCUUCACCAGUGCUCGUGAAGAUAGCUGACAAGGACCAGACUAUCCUGCCAAGACCUGUCACUGCAGAGGAGGGGUCAUGGAUCGUAUCCAUUGGGUUCUUGACGGGGAUUGUAGCCAACCUAUUCAUCGGAGGAGUCCUAAUAGACAGGAUGGGUAGGAAACCAUGUCUCAUCCUGGUCUCCCUACCCAAGCUUGUGGGUGGCUUCAUCUUCAUAUAUGCCAAUGAAGUGUGGAUGCUGUUACUGGGGAGAGCUCUCAUUGGCGUAGCUGAUGCUGGGAUCUUUACUCUACUGCCUAUGUAUGCUUCGGAGAUUGCUAGUAAAGAAAUCCGUGGCAGUCUGGGCACCAUAUUGCAGAUCAUGUGUUCCUUCGGCGUGGUCACCAUGCUAUCCAUGGGUCCCUUCAUCUCUUACAAAAUGCUGAACAUCAUCUUCACAGGAUUCAUCAUAUUCACUACAAUACCACUGUUCAUAUUACCUGAUGGACCGUAUUCUUUGUAUUCUAGAGGUCACAAAACAGAAGCAGUAAAAGUCCUAACCUUCCUCCGAGGCUCAGAAUCUUUAGCAAACGAGGAACUAAAAGAAUACGAAAUGGCUUCAGAAACGAACAAUACAAAAACCUCUAAAAGGGACAUUUUCACCAACAGAUUAUUCUUAAAAUCCUUAACUCUAGUGCUGAUACUAGGUUUCGGAGCACAAUUUGUAGGUUUUAAUGCUGUGACCUUCUAUCUGCAAACGGUUUUGGAGUCUACGCAAACGUCAGUGAGACCAGAAAUUGCGUCGGUGACUAUUGGGCUGAUUCAACUGUUUGCCAGUUUUUGUACAACGGCUGUCACUGACAGGUUUGGGAGGAAACCUAUUUUGACUAUCACUUGUGUCGGCAUGGGGUUGGGGAUGCUCGGCCUCGGAACAUUCUUCAAGCUGAAAGAGGGGGGAGAAGUGACUGGCUUUCUGAACUACGUGCCUUUAAUAUCCCUUAUAUUGGUGGUCUACUGUUAUAGUGCAGGUAUCGGCUCUCUAAUCUGGGUGAUCAACGCUGAACUUUUCGACGACCGUUCCAGAGGGGUAGGCAUGUCAAUAGCCAUGGUUGCAGGCACCUUAUUCGUCUUCCUAACCACUAAAUACUUCGCCAUAGUCUCCUAUGGCAUUGGUCCAGCAACCACAUACUGGAUAUUCAGUGUAAAUUGCAUAUUAUUAUGUGUAUUCAUCAUGUUUUGUAUACCGGAGACGAAAGGCAAAAGCUUUUCGGAAAUACAGGAUAUUUUGAGAGGGAAGAAAAAGGAGAAAGAGGAUAAUAGUGAUUGUUAAUUUUUAUUUAAUAAGUACUUUGUAAUAGUGUAUAUUUGAAUGAAUUUUGUGUGAUAAAAGACUGUAUGUUCAGUGAAUCUUAAGCCUUAUAGUGUAAGACAAGCCUAUGACUGUACAAUCUACGGAUAAGAUAGAUCAUAAAUAAAUAUAUUCAGAUCACAAAAAGAUGCAACUGCCCACCAGUUCAGCAUAUACUUUUAUUUAUUUCAAUACACCUUUAUUUAUUUUUACCAAACAUGUUUUAGAUAAUAAAAGAAUGACUGAUAUCACAAUGUUAAUAAAAAAUGUUGGAUGACUAA